AGUUGCAUGGAUCCUGCUAAUUUCGACUUCUUUUCUCUAAGAAGAUUAGUUAACACUCAGGAAGUUUGGUCUACUUGAAGUUGGUUUUGGUUUAGCGUAAGUGUCAUGACUAGGACUUCAAAUGUUCCGUCCAAGGAUUGGAUGGAUUUACCAAGGUAUAGAAAAGAGUAUAUUGAUGGUGUUCAAUAUUUCUUAGAAUUUGCUUACUCUUAUGGAGAUCCUCAAGGAGAAGAAAUCCAAUGCCCAUGUGCAAAGUGUUGCAAUAUCCGUUGGACUCGAAGGGGUGUAGUGUAUAAUCACCUAAUAUGCUACGGAUUUGUUAUAGGUUACACAAGAUGGUAUAAGCAUAGAGAAUGGGAAAUCCCGAAGGUUGUUGAUUGUGAUAUGGAUGAUGAUGAUAAUUCGUAUGAUGAUAUUGAUGGAUUGUUGAAUGAUCAAUUUAGAGAUGUUGCACAAGCUUAAGGAGCUUAUGAAGGUCCCAAUGAAGAUGCCAAUAUAUUUUAUAAGUUAGUUGAUGAGGCAAACCAAGAACUAUAUCCUAGUUGUAAAGGAUUCUCUAGGUUAUCAUUCACGAUCCGUCUAUAUUUGUUAAAGUGUCUACAUGGAUGGAGCAAUGCAUCAUUUACUUCCCUUCUAGAGUUAUUGAAAGAGGCGAUGCCAGAGUUGAACAUUCCUGAAUCUUACUAUAAAGCGAAGUCUAUGGUAAAGGAUCUCGGUCUUGAUUAUGUAAAAAUUGAUGUAUAUCCCAGUGAUUGCAUGCUAUUUAGGAAUGACUAUAAGGCUGAUGAAUAUUGUCAUAUUUGUGGAGCUUCUCGAUGUAUUAAAUGUCCUAAAGUGGAUAGCGAGCUUGGGCGUCCAAAAAAAGAUCAUCGUGUUCCAGCAAAAACCUUGAGACAUUUUCCAUUGAUUCCUAGACUCAAAAGGCUAUUUAUGUGCUAAAAAAUAGCAGAUAGGUUAUGGUCGCAUGAUGAAGAGCGUUCUAAAGAUGGAAAGUUAAGACAUCCUGCUGAUGGCCAAGCAUGGAAAGACUUUGAUAGCUUACAUUCAGAUUUCACAAGAGAUUCCCACAAUUUGAGACUUGUCUUGGAAAGUGAUGGGUUUAAUCCAUUUCGGAUGAUGAGCAUAUCUCAUAGCACAUGGCCAGUUAUCUUAAUGGUGUAUAAUUUGCCUCCUUGGAUGUGUAUGAAACCAGAAUACCGUAUGCUUUCUUUGCUUAUACCUGGGCCACGAUCACCUGGAAAUGUUAUUGAUAUUUAUUUACAACCAUUGAUAGAAGAGUUAAAUGUGUUGUGGGAGUUUGGGGUAGAAACAUAUGAUGCUUCAAGAAAUCGAACUUUUCAAAUGCGAGCAGCUCUUUUGUGGACAAUCAAUGAUUUCCCUAUGUAUGCUAUGUUAGCUGGUUGGAGUACAAAAGGAAAAUUAGCUUGCCCUUGUUGUAAUUAUGGCACUAAUUUUCGCUAUCUUAAACAUAGUCAAAAAAUGUGUUAUAUGGACCAUCGUGUUUUUCUACCGAUGGAUCCGUGGAGGUCUAAUAGAAGGUCUUUCAAUGGGAAAAUAGAAUUUAGGCCUCCUCCGCCCUUAUUAAAGGGUACCGAUGUGUUUAAUAGCUUACAACAUGUUACAAAUGUAUUUGGGAAGAAACAAAAGAAAUCAAAUGAUGGUCCGUGGAAGAAAAGGUCAAUUUUUUUUGAAUUACCUUAUUGGCAGCACAAUUCGUUACGCCACAACCUUGAUGUAAGGCACAUAGAGAAGAACAUAGUUGAUAACAUAAUUGGCACUCUUCUGGAUACUCCUGGUAAGACAAAGAAUCAUGUUAAUGCUCGCUAUGAUCUGAAAGAGAUGGGCAUUAGGAAGAACCUUCACCCAAAAGAUACAAAGGAUGGAAAGAGAACAAAGUUGGCAAAAGCGUUCGUCUCAAUGACUAAUGGAGAGAAAUUAGUUUUUUGUGGUGUUUUAAAGACAUCAAAGCUACCUAAUGGUAGUGCUUCCAACAUAUCUAGGCGUGUGCAACUUGAUGAAAGAAAAUUAUCUGGUUACAAGACUUAUGAUGCUCAUUUCAUGUUACAUUACUUGCUGCCCAUACCAAUUAAAAGCAUACUAUCUGAUCAUCUUGCAAUUCCAUUGAUUCGUCUAAGCUCCUUCUUUCGCCGUUUAUGUCAAAAAGUUAUCACAUUUGAAGGGCUUGACUGUUUGGAAGUAGAGAUUAUAGAAACAACAAAUCAAUUGGAGCGAAUUUUUCCCCUUGCAUUUUUUGAUAUAAUGAUUCAUUUGCCUAUUCAUUUGGCAAACGAGGUGAAAUUAGGAGGUCCGGUUCAGAAUCGAUGGAUAUAUCCUGGCGAAAGAUAUAUGGGUACCUUAAAAUCAUUUAUUCGUAAUAAAAACCAUCCAGAGGGAUCUAUUGCUGAGGCAUAUUUGGUUGAAGAGUGUUUGACUUUAUGCUCUUGAUACUUACAUGGGGGGGGUACAUACUAGAUUUAAUAAAAGACCUCGAAACAAUGAUGACUAUGAUUCAAUUGAUGCACAAACUUUAAGUUUGUUCCCUAGCAAAGGUUGUCCUUUGGAGCAAAAAAGAGUGAUCCAACUCUGUUAGAUGACAAGUCACUAAGUCAAGCACAUGCAUGUAUACUGAACAAUUGUGAUGAAGUUCAAGAAUAUAUUAGAGAGCAUCAGCUUGAGGUUAAUAAUCAGGGGCGGCGAUCAAAAUGGAGCAAGGCCAAGAAUCAUAGUCAAAAC